UACAGAAGUAAAAUGACUAGCACGCUUACAAAAUAACACAGGUAUAGUCUGUAAUAUUCUAUACAAUAUUGUCAACAUCGAUCUCGACAGGAAGUGUAUUACAGACGUGGAUUACUUUAAAUUACACGGAUAGUUAACAAAACAAAGGCAAAGAAAGACACAUUAUUUCUUAAGUAGCAAGACAUUAAUAAACCAUUAGAUGUAUGUGAUUAAAAAGUGGUGCGACAUGAAUCAUAACGAGGAAAAGGCGACAAGGAAGAAACACAUCACCACUGCAUAAGGAGAGAAACAAAUUAAAUAUCUAAUGUCUUGAAAUACGUGUUUGUAGUCGGCACAAAAUUAAUAACAUAGAGGAAGGAAAAGGGUAUUAAUAAGCCUAAUAUAGUUUGAUUUUUAAUACCAUAUAUGAACAAAGAGAACAGAUAGGCUUUACCAGCAGGGGCAUAUGGACACAAUAAACUAAUCUAUAUUUGACACUUGCCAUCUCGAUAUAUCUGUGACUUGUUUGAUACUUUGAAACAUUCAGAAAACAGGCCUCUUAUUAAUGGGAAAGUUCUUAACAACAAUUGUUUUUAGAGUAGCAGCACGUGUCGGUAACGAAGUAAUGUUGUCCCGUGAGGUUGUCUAAUGAAAUAAACAUACUCUAUGUGAAUUUGUGUUGCUCUGAAUAAUUAAUUAAUGUGUUCGUUCGAUUAUUGUGCUUGAUUAUAGAAUUGACGAGGAGCACUGGAAAAAAGAUGUUACUGCAGAUAAAAGGUAAUUAAAAGGGAGACUGGCAUCGGCGUUUGAUGACGAUAAGGAUAUAUUACAUAGAUAGGAAGGAUUUCUUUGAAGAGUUUAUUGCUAGAUAGUUUACAUAAAUAUACAGUUAAGUUUACUACCUUCUGACUGGAUUUGGGCAUUUGAUUACUCGAGAGUUAUUGACAGUAGUCUGUCAUAUAAAUUGUUGAUCAAAUUUCAAGAAGUAGUGAAUAUUUAUUGUGAUGUGUAGACUUCUUAUGGGAAUAAUAUAAUUACAGUCCUGCAAGAGAAAUCUUCAAUUAUCUAGAAUAUGAAGACUUAAAUUGUAAAAAGACAGCAGAAAAAAGUUUUAUAUUACAAAUAUAAUAAUGUAUGAGAGUGAAUGAAGAGUAUGAAAAGGUAGGAAGAUAGUUUUUACAGCUAUAAAACCUAUGAUGGUGACACCAGGGAGACAAAUCUCCUCGUAGUUAUCAUGAUUACUUUACCCGAUACUUUAAAUGCAGAAUAAAAUAAGGCGUGAAUGUCGCCCGCUACGUUUUGUGAAGUAGCUGUGAACGCCGAUAAGCUUAUCUAUAUUUAUGUGACAAGACGGAUUGACAGUAAAACAGAUUCAUACAAUACGGUAGGCGCGGUCAGCUUAACGUGCAUAAAGUUACUUAAAUUAUAUCACUGUGAAAAAAAAACAACUUAUUAGCAGAGACUGUUUGGUGGUGUCCAAAGUCCUAAGAAAAGGAUCACACAAGCUUUUGAGAGGAGAAAAUCCCGAUUGAUUAUCGAUCUCAAGCUAAAGAUUCAGAUUUCAUUUUUACACCAUCCUGUCGUCUAAUUGUUAUAAAUCCAAUACUUCAUGUGGUUAAUAUAAUUGCAAAGGUAAUUCGGAUUUUACAGCGAUGUCCUUUUCGUUUAUUUUGUAACAAACCUGUUUGAUUAACCAAUAAACUAUUACAGAGGGAGGAUUAUUGGAAAUUAUAAACGAGCAACGGGAAACACUGGUGAUGCAAUACCUGAUGAACACGGAAAGCUACAAAAAGCUUUAUGACCCUUAAAAGCAGACUGACAUGUCCCGAAAUAAGCAAACUGGGAGAUAUAAAACCACAAUCAACAUUCUUUCGGCAAUACGUGGAUCAAUAUCGACAAAUGAGUCUAACUAAUCUAUUCAGUGAAACUGAUUACAAAAAAGAGAUAAAAGAAAUAACAAAGUUGAACACGAUCGUUUGAUGAUAAUAUAAAGGAAUAAUAUCUAGAAAAAAAAAAAGAAAUUGAACGGAUUAAUGCUGUCUACCAUUCCUGUGUCUAAAAAGAAAAUUAUUUCUGUUAAGGAAUUGAAUAAAUAACAAACCGUCUAGAAAACUUAUAAGACACGUUUGAUUGACAAUUUGUGAAUAAUCCUGUCAAUACUAAUAUUUAAACGAACAUAGAAGAAAUGAUAAAUUGUAAACAAACUUAACAAAUGUGAUAACAUGUUCUGUGAAAUUUGACCACUCUGCUGUAGGUACUGCUGUAUUUCCAUGGAAACAAUAAAACGAUGUUAACAGACUAGAUAUAGUUCAAAGAGUAGAUCGAUAAGGGCAAGAUGUUACUAUAUUAAAUAUUGAAACAGACGGACUCUGUGGGCAUCGGCCAAAUUUGGUAUAAUUCAUAGACACGCUAUAAAAAUGAUGAUGUGAGACCAUGUCGGGAUAGAGAGAAAAUGAACUGCUUAGACGUUGGCAGACGGUCGUGUAGAUAAAUGUUGAACUUAUUUGGAAGACGUCACUGUUGUUCAAGAUGGGAAUAAAUUGAAAGCAAACUUUGCGUGCGUGUAAAUAAGGCAGACAAUUUAAAUUAUAUUUCGUCAUGCUUGCCUAUAAAUCAGUUGUCUAAGAAUGACACUGGGAUAUAACUGCACGAAGUUUCCAUGGUUUUUCUGAGACAACCGUAAUCAAUACUCUGUUGCAUGAACGACAAUUAAUAUCUUCAAAAAACAUUUGGAAUAUUUGGAAUUUGAGCUUCAAAUAACAUGUUACGUGUUAACAAGAAAUCAAGCAAAUUGUCAUGAAAAUGGAAUCAAAAUUUAAAGCGGUUUAAUUUAAUUCUCAAUCUCAAAUCGAGAAUUAUUUUUAUAUCCUUCUAAAGUUUCCGGAUUAUUAAAAUUUUGAUUUAUUACCGAAAGUUAAUAAUCGACAUUAUUGAAUAUGCGAUGCAACUUAUUGCGUAUUUAAUCUUAAGAGAAAACGAAAUUUUGCUUCGUCACGUAUUGGAAAUUAUGCAUCUAUUGGAUCCCGUGAAAGGGGUUUAAUGGUUAUUUCGAAAUCUACUAGAGAUUUUAUGUAAAUGAUUCUUCUACAUAAAAUUUUAGAAGAUAUUGGAUUUGUAAAGAGGUAUUGAUUGAGUAUCACUCUUACAUAACACAAUAUAAAAUAAUGGUGGACCGUCUUAUAAUGUGUUGCUAUCUUGUCUUAUUAAUGGAGGCACCAUAUCCGAUUUAAUAAUGCUAAAUUAAUUUCUUAAACUUGGAUAACAUUGGGCGUUGUUUACAUGUGAAGAAAUUCGCAAUGCUGUGGUAAAGUAUGGCGAGUGUCAAAACAUUUCGUUCAAAAUAAAUAUUUAUUUUUAGCACGUGAUGUGACAUAAAGAAUAAUUGUUAUUUUAUAAAAGUGACUUAUUUAUUUUUGAAUGAAAGUUGUAAAAAUUUAAUUAAUAUUUGAAGGACAAAAUGAUUGACUUUGGUAUUGCACUAACAUGGAUGAUUAUUUCGCCACUUGCUUUUGUUACGGAUAUAUUUGCUAUUGUUGUGAUCACACAUUACUUUCCUUUCUUUCACGGAACUGACGUCACGUUAAUAUCCAUUCUUACGGCUAUGGCGGGAAACGCUGUGUUUGUAUUACCGAUCCCAGCCUUUCUUGAAUUAACAGACAGAAGAUGGAACCCUAGUUUAUGCACUGGGUAUCUAUGGUGUGUUUUGACAUUUCGGUUAUCGCAAAUUUUAAGCCUAAUGGUGAUAAGUAUACAUUGGUCUACUUUACUGAAAAUGUCCGCUCAAAAGAAGAAAUAUUUUUCGACGAAAUUCUUAAAAAUAACAAUUGUGUUCAUUUGGAUAUGUUCGGCGAUAUUUGGAAUGCUACCACUUAUUGGAGUCGCAGAAGACGAUUUUAAUGAGAAGGACACGUGCAAAUUUCUUGCCUUUAACAUUGGCGGUGGAUACGGAUUAUUUUUUCUUAUAAUUAUAUUCACAGCCAUGUUUGUCGCCAUAUUAUGUGCUUCAGAUGCUAUGAUAUUAAUAAAACAUAUGAAAGUGGUCGCGAAAACUAAGUACCAAGCCGGACGAUUCCACAUUCCAGACAGGAGGUCGGAUUUACCUUUACAUGGGAACAGUUCAUUAGCGGAAAGGUACCACAGACUCCAGUUUGCAUGGGACCUCAGUAAAUUUGCAUUAGUUUUCGUGAUAUUGUCCUUCACCAUCAACCAGUUUCCGUAUGCGUUAAUGCAAGGUGUUCAGACAUUUACGAAGAUUGAUCGUGGCACACUAGAGGUAAUCUCGCUAUAUAUGAUUGGUUUUGAAGCAUUGCUACUACCUCACACCCUUUGGCUACUGAGCAGACGAUACAGGCACGCGCUGACGUACCAGUGGCAGGUGCACGUGCUGAAGAACAAAGACAAGGAAGAAGAUGAGCCUUAUUCUUGUACAUUACAAUCUUACACCCAACGGGAAAGAGACCGUGUAUCCGUGGUUCCGUCACGACCAUCAAGUAUUGGCCGUGCUGGAGGGGCCAGUGCCACAGGGACAAUGCGAUCCAACAAGUCAGAGACAUUACAUAGAGACCAUGUUCAUGUAAACGGACAGACACGUAUUCAAACCCUCUUCAAUGAAGGAAGUAGAGGUAAUUCCCCAAAUCCACAGGAGGCUCGUGUAAAUGGUGUCAUACGAGGAGAAGUGCACGUAGAACGUCCACCAUCAAUUUAUGAUGAACGACCAGUAGAUAUACAAAACUUAGAAGUACUACAGAAGAAGCAUGACGCUUUAAGAAAUGAGGCUAAUAUGAGACUAACGCCUGCUCAAGCAAAUAGCAAUGCAACAUUAUCAAAACAAACUGCAUUUGUACAUCGUCACGAUGUAGCACGCACCUCCUCUGGAAAGUCAAACAAAGAUAUUAAUGAACUUAUCCGUAAAAAGAACCUGCCGCCAAUAUUUGUUAAUCAAGGUUUUGAAAAAUCUCCCACAGUUGAAGAAGAAUCUGUUAAAACGGUCGCAAGAAGCGUUCCGGCAAAUAUCAGUGGGAAUUCUCUCCAUUUUUAUAUGUCUAGUGAUUACCAUCCAGAUUAUUUAACAGAAAGUUUACCAAGACAUAAAUUUAAUCAGGUUCCCUCAACCGAAAGUGAAGCAGGUGAAACAUAUACUAAUGAUGAUAUUGACGAAGUACUGGACGAUGAAUCAAUAACUGAUAUUCAAAUAGUGAAAGCGAGAGCUGCCUAUGUUUAUAACAAUGAACCUAGUGGCAAUACCUUAAGCACAUUUAAAAAUACAGAAGAACAAUCUGUAGGAAACAAGCAUGUAGGUAAAGGAGUUUACAGUACAUUUGAUGAUUUAUGUCAAAUGUAUCUAAGAGAUGAAAAUGAGAUCGAAUUUAAUGAUAACGCUAUUCCGUUAGACGAUAUAAGCGACGGGUACACCUCUGUUGACAGUGCUGUGCCAUAUGGAAGUAAAGUUAAAUCUACAAGAUACGGUAUACAAACUUUGCAAUUUUCUAGUUUUAAACCAAGUUCUAAUUCAAAUGACGUGAGAACAAAUGUUUCUCAAAAAGAAAAUGAAAUCAAUGUCAGGACUAAUCCAUUUGCAAAAAGAAGAGAUUUACAGUUUGAUAGCACUUCUUUCACCACAUCUUUAAAAAGAAGUGAUUCUGGACAAGGAUAUUGGUUCGAAAAACCUUUACCUAGAAUGGAAAAUCCUCAUUUACCUUUAGAUAAACCUAAUCCUCAAAACAUUAACUUAUCAACUGUUAAUAAAAAUCCUAAAUUCACAAUGUUCAAUGUGAGUCCAAUGUUUGAUUAUCGUUUAAAUGAUGAAUUUGGCGAUAGUGAUAGAGACACGAGGAUAAGCUUAGGAGAUUCUACAGGCUUUUCUGUUACAGGUGUUGAUAGCAUUUCUGUCAAAACUGAAAAAAGUGAAGAAAAUGUUGUUCAGAAACAAACUAAUAGUAUAGAUGACGAAAACGCAAGCUCCGGCAGUAAUAGCAGUGUAACUGUUAGCCCAUAUCAGGAAGAAACUAGAAGACGGCCAUGGAUGGAUGAAUUAGAUUUCCAGACUGAAGAAAAUUCGGAAAUUCGAGAACCCCUUGUCCAAGAUUCUGAUACAGAUACAUUAAAAGAAUCACAUGACAGUUCUGAGCUACGAUUUGGAUAUACAUUUGAUUCUAGAUAUGCAGCGUCACCACAUAGCGAGUUAUCGACCCCGGUUUCAUCAAUUUUUGAUGAGGACACAGACAGGGGAUUUGAAGAGGCACUUGAACAACAUAUCAAUCCUGGAGCUAACGUAUAUGGAGGUGUAGGUCUUUGUUUUGAGUCAAUUAAGGAGGAACCAGAGGACCUUACAAGUUCAGGUUCUAAUCCAUUUCUUGACAACAUAUCAAAUGGUGACGAGGAAUUCAGGACCCAAGCAGUUGUCUCUCGUAAUUCAAACUCUAGGACGUCAAGUAGUACGAGUCUAAGUGAUACUCAGUUAACAAACAGUCCAGGGCGAUCUAAAAUUCAAGUAAAUUUUAAUGUAAGUAAACCAACUGGUGUUAUGUAUAAAGCACCGACUAUAAUAACAACGGAUGCAGAAGCAGAGUUCGGUGAUUCAGGGUUUACAUCAGGAUUAGAAAAAGGAAAUAUGAGUGACUCAUCUGGUCAACAAGAAUUUACUCCACGUGGUAGAAGUAGCCCUUGGCCAGAUGAGGAGAAAGAAAACUUAGACCUCUCAUUUGAAACAAAUUUUUGUGAAAAUGAAAAUGAUGAUUCAAAAACUGAUCACUCUGAAUUGUCAAAAGGGAUUAAGAAUGGUAGCUUUAAAACCGAUGAGAUUAAAAAGCCAGUGCAUAAAGCUGUAGAAAGUGUUAGAUCUGACAACAGACCACAUCCAGUGCGGGUAAAGUCUCUAGAAAGAACUUCACCAGCAUCUACGCGAAAGCUUCCAAAAAGGGGCCAUUCCUUUGAUGGAUUAAGAAUGGACGUUAAACCAGCUUUCUUUUAGUGUUAUGUGUUUGAGAUAUUUGCACUGUCUAUUAUCAUUUAUUUUCACAAAAUAUUAAAAAAAAACUGUCAAAAUAAAAUUUUAAAAUAAAAAUUGUUUAUACUUAAGAAGAAAAUAUGAGAUCCAUUGUAUUGAAAAUUGCUAUUUACUUAUUGCCUGUGGUAUUAAUUAUUAAUUUAUCAAUUUAUUCAUAUUGCAUGAUUUUGGUGCGGGAAACCUAUUACUAUUUAUUACUUUAUAUAUGAAUAGUCCUAAAAGAAGAACAAGCUAGAAAAGGGCAGAUAAAUGUUGAUUUUGAAAUUGUCUAACAAAUAUUCAUAAGCAGCGCCUUUUCGAUUUUUAGUGACAAAUCGAAUUUGAAUAACGGCGGACAUGAACACGCAAGCUAAAUCUUUGAACUACAGCAAACAAUUAAUGCAGACAAGAAAGACCUGA